AAAAUCUUUUUCACGUCAGUUUUGUGUUAACAACAGAACAGACCAAAUCUAAGACUCUUUUGUUUGGUUCCUAAAUUUGAUUUCGAGAAUACCCUUUUUAUCACUCAGCUUAUUAUGUUUAUUUUUACUUCCUUUGUGUUAAAUCCCAGAAUCAUUGUCACUAUCUAAAACAAACCCACUUCAAGAAUUCAAGCAAACAAGGGUGAUUGUGGUUGGGGUUUCUGCUUGGAGUAAAGUAAAAGCUCACACAAGAUGCAGCAGCCACCGCAAAUGAUUCCUGUGAUGCCUUCAUUUCCACCUACUAAUAUCACUACUGAACAGAUUCAGACGUACCUUGAUGAGAACAAGAAGUUGAUUUUGGCAAUUUUGGAAAAUCAAAAUCUUGGAAAACUCGCUGAAUGUGGCCAGUAUCAAGCUCAGCUGCAAAAGAAUUUGAUGUACUUAGCCGCAAUUGCAGAUGCACAACCACAAAUAACACCAACAAUGCCUCCUCAGAUGGCCCCACAUCCUGCAAUGCAACCAGGAGGAUAUUUUAUGCAACAUCCUCAAGCUGCUGCAAUGGCACAGCAAUCUGGUAUUUUCCCCCAAAAGGUACCAUUGCAAUUCAAUAACCCACAUCAAAUGCAGGAUCCACAGCAGCAGCUGCACCAGCAGCAUCAACAAGCCAUGCAAGGUCAAAUGGGAAUCAGACCUGGUGGCCCCAAUAAUGGCAUGCACCAUCCCAUGCAUGAUGAGGCUACUCUUGGAGGUGGCAGCUGUGGUGGUCCUUCUCCAGCUUCUGGCCCAAAUGAAGGACGUGGUGGAAACAAGCAAGAGGGCUCUGAAGCAGGUGCUGAUGGGCAGGGUAGCACAGCUGGUGGGAAUGGUGGUGGUGAUGGAUCAGAGGCGGCAAGGUGACUGCCCUAAUCAGUUGUUUUGAUUGGAUACUCGUGGCUGUUGAUAGUAGGCGCCUCUUACAGUAGGAGUUGUAUCACUCUUGGUGAAUCUAUGAUAACAGUUUAGGUAGGUAACUUUUGUUGAGGUCAUUGGCUUGCCAAUGAACUAAAAGGAACAGGUGGUUUACCGGUUAGACAACGACAGUCUGUUGUAAAAGGUGGCGGCUUAAAGCAUGUGGUCACUACUUCCAGGGCUGUCAUUUUGCAAUAACCUAUAAAUGCUUGCAGCCUGUAUCAGAAUUGUGAUCCUAUUGAAGUUUCCUAGGUUAUUAUCAUAGUGGUUGUGUGUAAAAACCUGUGUAAAUCAAGGUGGAGGUUGUCUAAAGUGGAACCUACCAUAAGAGCUCUGAAUCACUGGUCAAGUUCCUGGAGUCAUGUUAAAGGAGCUGGAAGCAGUUGGCUUCUCAUUGACAAACAGGGAUUCCUGAGAUGAGGCCAAAGCCAUGUUUGCGCAAAUGUAAUACUGAUCUCCUAUUGGAUCCAAAAAGAAGUUAAAAAAGAAAACACCCAUUAACAUGAUCAUUUUUCUC